AUGGUGCGGCUUCAACAGUAUGUCGAGCGCGUAAACAGUGGCCUCGUCAAUGCAAAGGCCGAACUCAAAUUCACAGAGAAGACCCCGGUGGCAGCCCAUUUGGAUGGCGAUAAUGGUUUUGGGUUUAUAGUGGCUACCAAGGGCAUGGAAAAUGCCAUCAAGCGUGCUGAGACCUACGGUAUCGGCAUUGUAACUGCCAGCCACUCGAACCAUUUCGGUAUGGCCGCCACAUACGUCCUCCAGGCCCUGGAUGCCGAUAUGAUCUCUCUUGUUUUCACAAAUUCAGCCAAGCAGAUGCCCCCAUUCGGCGGAAAGGACACACUGCUGGGUAUUUCCCCAUUUGCAGCUGGUGCGCCCAGCAAAGACGAGAUCCCAUACAUUUUGGAUAUGGCUCCUUCAGUGGUGGCCAAGGGCAAAAUCAGAAAAGCGGCUAGAAGAGGUGAAAAGAUCCCGCUUGGCUGGGCUUAUGAUGAAAAUGGAAAGCCCACUGAGGAUGCGGAGGCUGCCCUUAACGGCUCCAUGGCUCCCAUCGGCGGACCGAAGGGGUCUGGCAUCGCCAUACUUAUGGACAUCAUGUCCGGCGUGCUUUCCGGUGCUGAGUUUGGCGGUCAGGUCGGAGAUCAGUACAAGGAAGCAAGGCCUCAGAAUGUUGGCCAUUGCUUUAUUGCUAUCAAACCUGAUGUUUUCAUUGGUACGGAGGAGUUCAAGUCGAGAAUGGACAUAUUGGUCCAGCGGGUACACGGCGUCACACCCGCUGAGGGCUUUAAGGAGGUCCUCUUCCCGGGAGAGCCCGAGCAUCGACUUUCUCUAGAGCGGUCAAAGCAAGGACUACCAUAUGCAGAAGCCGAGAAGAAAAUGUUCGACGAGCUGGCAGAGAGAUAUGGAGUACCGGCACUGGCUUUGUCUUCCACACCACUUGGCUAA